AUGGCGGUGGUUGUAGGCGUAGUAGGAUUGGUGGCGAUAGACACAGAGGGAGGUGCAGCGGAAGGAGAAGGGGAAGGAAAAGGAAAAGUGGUAGAGCCUCUCAUCACCAGAAUUGCCUUCGGAUCCUGCGCUAACCAAAGCUCUCCUCAGCCCAUUUGGAAUGCCAUAAUUGACUUUGAUCCCCAAGUUUUUAUUUGGCUGGGAGACAACGUUUAUGGAGACAUUAGACGUCCUUUUAAGUUAUUUGGAAAGGAAAGGACUAUUGGGCCUUGGAAGAAUGCUCCUAGGUUUAUCCCUUCCUCUCCCCAGGAAUUGGAGUCCAGAUACCAGAAAGCCAAAAUUAAUCCUGGUUAUGCUCGUCUUAGACACACUGCACAGGUUAUUGGUACCUGGGAUGACCAUGAUUAUGGAUUAAACGAUGCUGGAAAAGAGUUUGGUGGCAAAAUCACUAACCAAAAGCUUCUCCUCGAUUUCUUAGACGAACCUCAACACAGUCCUCGGCGCAAACAGGAGGGUGUAUAUGCGUCAUAUAUGUUUGGCCCCAUGGGCAGACAAAUCAAGGUUAUCCUUUUAGACACGAGGUACCACAGAGACCCUUUGCGCAGUGAUGGAAGUGUCCUUGGAAGUUCUCAAUGGACAUGGUUAGAAAAGGAGUUGAAUGGACCAAAAUCAGCCAUUACCAUCAUUGGAUCUUCUGUUCAGGUUAUAUCAAAUCAUACAGCAGCCACUCGGCCAUUGUUUUCUUUGGAGUCUUGGGGACGCUUCCCAACGGAGAGGAAUCGUCUUUUCAAAUUGAUGGCAGAUUCUAAGAGAGAAGGUGUAUUCUUCAUUAGUGGAGAUGUUCAUUUUGGAGAAAUUUCAAGAUAUGACUGUGCUACUGGAUAUCCACUAUAUGAUGUAACUUCAAGUGGGCUUACACAAGCUGUUGAGAAGGCGGUCCCACCUGUAUUUAGUUUCAUGGUGAGAUUGGUUGCAUGGCUCACACCAACGACAAUGAGAGUGACCAACCAAAAUUGCAGAUUCAGAUCAUGCACAUAUGGUCAGCCAAAUUUUGGAGCAAUUGAAAUUGACUGGAGUGCAACUCCAGUAACCUUGAAACUUGAGGUCAGGGACAUGGACGGGUACCCUGUCGCUGGUGUAAAAUUUCCAUUAGUGGAAUUGCAAUUGCACGGCUCUAUGCCAUCGGUUAAAGCAGGAGAAUAUAGAAGGCAUUGCUCCCUUGAAGUUGAUCUGCCAUGGAAUAUCAAAUAUCGCCUGGCCAUUUUAUUAUACUGUUCUGUAUCUGUAUUGCUUCUUACUGUGAUGGGGCUGGGCUAUUCAGCCACAUUUGUCUGCAGACUGUUACUCCACAAAUGCAAACUAGAUUGA